AUGGCCGAUACCGAAAUGGAUGUCGAUGCGCCUUCAUCACCACAAGAGCAACGAAAUGACACCAAGAAUGCCUCCAUGACAACCCAUUCGAAUGCGACAGCUGUACGAUCUAUCGAAGGCUGGAUCAUCAUCGUCACCAAUGUACAUGAAGAAGCUAGUGAGGAGGACUUGAAUGACAAAUUCGCAGACUUUGGAGAGAUCAAGAAUCUUCAUUUGAACCUUGAUAGAAGAACUGGAUACGUCAAGGGUUAUGCAUUGAUCGAAUACCCAACAUUGGACGAGGCAAGGGCCGCUAUUGAUGGUGCGCAUAAUACCAAGCUGCUGGAACAGACUGUCGAGGUGGACUUUGCAUUCGUUAGACCGCCACCAGGAGGAAAGGGUAGAGGAGGUCGGGCACCUGCCAAAGGUAGAGCAAGAAGCCGAUCACGUAGUCCCAGUGGUAGAGAUGGGGGCGAUUGA